GUUCAAAUAAUAACCAAUAGAGUUUUAUUCUUGAUUCCCGAAGUGGAUGGAUAAUUUGACUCAUUUAAACUGUUUAUGACUAUUUAAGAAGAUUAAAGUUUUGUCCUAUUUAAAGGCAGUACAAGCAGGGUCGUUUUGUCAGUUCUCAUCUUGAUCUUUCUCUCGUCAAACUUAAAAUGACUUUAUUUGUAUCUUUUUUGUUGCUUACAUUACCCAUCAUUUCAUGUGGACUCCAGUUGUCUAACGAAAAGUCACAAUCGACUUCUCAACAUUAUGACAAUGAAUUGACUGAUCAGGUCUGUGGUCGCGAUACCAUCCCAGGACAAGUGCCAUUCUACGCUUCAAUAGAAGUGAAUAGUCGAAAAUUUCAUUGCAAAAAGUGUAGUGGUGUUUUAAUUGCAAGGAGAUGGGUCUUGACUACGGCCCAUUGUACAUUCAGUGUUUUUGGACCCAUACAAGUUGUUUUAGGUGACGAAUGGAAUAACAAAACAAUUGGAGUUGAAAAAAGUUACAUCCAUCCAGAUUUUAAUCGUCUAACACAAGUAAACAAUAUCGCUCUUUUAUUAUUGAAAGAACCAGUUCAGUUCAGCAGGAAUAUCCAACCAAUUUGUUUACCAGAACCUGGAGAAGAUGAAACUUUUUAUGGUCGCAAUGGAACACUGGCUGUCUGGGGAAAAAUAAAUCAAACAGAGAGAAAAUUGCCGACAAAUAUGCAAAUAACCAGUUCGCCGAUCAUGAAAUCUGCUGAUUGUUGGGAAAUAUACGAAAAUGCUGGUAACAAGAAAUCACCUUACCCUGAGUUGGCUCUGUGUGCUCGUUACCCGGUAGAUGUAAAGCCUGUAUGUUUUCCUGGGUAUGGCAAUCCGUUGAUGGUCAACGUUGAGAAUCAUUGGAUACUUGCUGGAAUUUCAACUAAUAAAAUAGGCUGUAAGAAGCCAUUUUCACCCCACAUUUACCUUAGUGUAGGAUUUUACUUGAACUGGAUUAAAAGAACAGUUUACUAGCUAUUAUAAAUUUACCUUUGAUCUUGCUGAAAUUAAAUAAACAAAAUAAAGAAAAAAUAGUUGAAAUGUAUUUGAAACGAU